GGCAGGGGGCCCAGCCAAGGGCAUACCCACUUGGGGAGUACCAAGACCUCCCCACUAAUUCCUGCAUCUGCAUGUGCCACCUUCUUCCUCCUUUACACACACACACAUACACACACACACACACACUCUCCCAACACAAUGGCUGGGUGGGGCUGAGGAACCGGCUUCCUUUGCAGAGAUCUGAAUCUGGGCCCACAGUUCCCGCCCCAGAAACACAGGAACAGACACACGCAGAGACCCGGCCUCACAUUCCUUGCUCCAAGGGGCAGGCAGGACAGGCUGAAAAUAGAAACUGCUUCCAAAGAGAUAAAGGGGAUGACUCCAGCAGUGUACCCCACUCCUUGGAAGAGCUCAGAGGAAGAUGUCAGCCCAGUCUCUUCCGGAAGCAACACCCCCCACCCAGAAGCCCCCUCGGAUCAUCCGCCCCCGCCCCCCUUCUCGGGCCCGGGCUACCCAGUCCCCAGGGCCCCACCACAACGGCUCCUCUCCACAAGAAUCUCCCCUUACCGCCAAUGAGGCACCAACCCCCAUGUGCACCCCCAUGUUCUGGGAGCCCCCGGCCCCAUCCCUCAAGCCCUCUGCCCUUCUGCCCCCGUCAGCUUCUAAAGCCAGCCUUGACUCCCAGACUUUCCCAGACUCGUCUUCCGACACCCCCAGCCCAGUGUCCCGGCGCUCCAUAUCCCCAGAGCCUGCUCCCCGGUCUCCAGUCCCCCCACCCAAACCCUCUGGGUCACCCCGCAUGGCUCUGCCCCUGCUCCCCACGACCCAGGUCCGCGACCAGGAUGGCUCUGCCUCAGCCCCAGGCACUGUGCGCAGACUGGCUGGCAAGUUUGAAUGGGGGACUGAAGGCAGAGUCCAGGCUGCGGACACCCUGGAGCCAAGUCCCCCAGGGGGAGUGGAUGUGAAUGGGGAGAGAGAGACUCCCCAGGGCAACCUCGCUGGGUGCGGGUCCCAGGAGAACGGCACUCCAGGUGCUGGGCUGGCCUGCCCUCCCUGCUGCCCCUGUGUCUGCCACGUGGGCCGGCCUGGCCUGGAGCUCCGAUGGGUGCCUGUGGGGGGCUAUGAGGAUGGUCCCAGGGUCCCUUGCCGGGCCUCCCCACUGCGGGCCUCCCGCUCCCGCCCCAGCCCUUCAAGCCUCAGCCACCCCCCAGUCGUCCUCACAUCCUACCGCUCCACUGCCGAGCGCAAACUCCUGCCACCCCUCAAGCCCCCCAAACCAACCCGGGUCAGACAGGACAUCACCAUCUCUGGGGAGCCCCCACAGCCUGAUCUCGAUCCGCCCUCUGAAGAUGGAAUCCAAAGAGGGGACAGUCCUGAUGGUGCUCCUCAGAAUGAUCCUCCAGCCACCACGGAGGGCAGGGAGGAAGAGGAGCUGGAGGAGCUGAAGGAGCAGAACUGGGAGCUGCCCCUGCAGGAUGAACCGCUGUACCAGACCUACCGCGCAGCCGUGCUGUCAGAGGAGCUGUGGGGCGUCGGUGAGGACGGGGGUCCCGCUUCAGCAAACGCUGGGGAAGCUUCCACCUUCGCCCGUCCCCCGGGCCCUCGCAACACGCUGUGGCAGGAGCUUCCGGCCGUGCGAGCCAGCGGCCUCCUGGACACCCUGAGUGCCCAGGAGCGGCGGAUGCAGGAGAGCCUUUUCGAGGUGGUGACGUCGGAGGCCUCGUACCUGCGCUCCCUGCGGCUGCUGACCGACACCUUCGUGCUGAGCCAGGCGCUCCGGGAUACGCUCACCCCCCGGGAUCACCACACCCUCUUCUCCAACGUGCAGCGAGUCCAGGGAGUCAGUGAGCGUUUUCUGGGGAAGUUACUGUCCCGGGUGCGCGCUUCCCCCCACAUCCGUGACCUGUGUGACGUGGUGCACGCGCAUGCCGUGGGGCCUUUCUCCGUGUACGUGGACUAUGUGCGGAACCAGCAGUACCAGGAGGAGACCUACAGCCGCCUGAUGGACACGAACGUGCGCUUCUCCGCGGAGCUACGGCGGCUGCAGAGCCUUCCCAAGUGCCAGCGCCUCCCGCUGCCCUCCUUCCUGCUCCUGCCCUUUCAGCGCAUCACUCGGCUCCGCAUGCUGCUGCAGAAUAUCCUGCGUCAGACAGAGGAGGGGUCCAGCCGCCAGGAGAAUGCCCAGAAGGCCCUGGGUGCUGUCAGUAAGAUCAUUGAGCGGUGCAGCGCCGAGGUCGGACGCAUGAAGCAGACAGAGGAGCUGAUCCGGCUCACGCAGAGGCUGCGCUUCCACAAAGUCAAGGCCCUGCCUCUGGUCUCCUGGUCCAGGCGCCUGGAGUUGCAGGGGGAACUGACAGAGUUGGGGUGCAGGAGGGGAGGCAUGCUCUUUGCCUCGCGCCCCCGCUUCACCCCCCUCUGCCUGCUGCUCUUCAGUGACCUGCUGCUCAUCACUCAGCCCAAGAGUGGGCAGCGGCUACAGGUUCUGGACUAUGCCCAUCGCUCCCUGGUCCAGGCCCAGCAGGUGCCAGACCCAUCUGGCCCCCCUACGUUCCGCCUCUCUCUUCUCAGCAACCACCAGGGCCGCCCCACACACCGGCUACUCCAAGCUUCAUCGCUAUCAGACAUGCAGCGCUGGCUGGGCGCCUUCCCUACCCCAGGCCCCCUUCCCUGCUCUGCAGACACCAUCUAUGAGGACUGUGACUGUUCCCAGGAACUCUGUUCAGAGCCUUCCACACCCACCAAGACAGAGGGACGAAAUGUGGAGUCCAGGGCUCCCCCCAAGCACCUACACAAGAGCCCUGAAGGCUGGCUGAAGGGGCUUCCUGGAGCCUUCCCAGCCCAGUUGGUGUGUGAAGUCACAGGGGAACAUGAAAGGAGGAAGCACCUUCGUCAGCACCAGAGACUCCUGGAGGCUGUUGGGCCGUCUUCAGGCUCCCCCGAUGCCCCCCCACCCUAAUGCAUGGUGGUGGUGUGGGGGAGCAGCACAAGUUAGGACAGCUGGCAGCCUGGCACAGAGAGGACAAAGCCCAUCCAUGCACUGGAUUCGCUGUCAGUGGAAACGCUACCUCAGUGGCAACCAAUAGGGACUGAGCUUCAAGACUGGGCAGCCAAUGAAAACAGGGCCGUCUGAGCCCACGCAGGAGGGAGAAUGAAGAUGGCUUGAGUGGGUUGCCAAUGGAGGCAGAGGCUUAGUGCAGAGCGGACAUUUGGUGCUGAGCCUCUGGCCAGUGAGUAUCCCUGCUAUGCUCACAGCCAAAGAAGAGGAUUCUAGGUCAAUGCAGUUAAAAGAGGGCUGCAUUUGAGAUAAAAGUCCUAGGAUCAAAUAGCCAAUAGCAGGAAUAUGUCCUGAUGGUGAUCUGGGCCCAAGAAACCAGUAGGAACCCUGCUUGGUGCUAUAGCAAUCACUGCUUGUCUUCUGAGUCUGGGAAGUAUUAGAUUCCAUUCCUGGGGUGCCUCCUGUAUCCUCUUAAGCCACUUCCUCUCUUCUAGAAGAAUCCAGAGUAUGUCUCAGAGAACCUGUGUGUGUGCAUAUGUCUGUAUAUGUAUCAAGGAGGGUGAUUUUUCUGAACAUGGUGUGUGGUUUUGCCUCCUUGCCAGAUGACUAAGUGCUCUAUUUCUUCCCUCACCCCUCAUUUUUUCCAUUAGUCCCCUCAAAAAGACACUAGGUCUGAGCUCCAGAGGCAAAUGUGCUGGGUGUGGCUUGGCAGCCAGAGGCCAGAGCUGGGGAUGAGAGAGGCCUGGGUUCUGGGUCUCUUGAAGGCCGGAGACACCAAGCAGCCUUGCAGAGGCGUCUGAAGGACUGAAGAUGGCCAGUAACUGGGGUCUGAGGCCUCCUGAAGCUUGUAGGCCCUUCUCCUUGCCAAAGCUUGGCCUCCAUAAUCCCUACCUGCAGAUCGUCCAGCCUGAACCAUAACCAGCCAUCCAGCCUUAGCCUCGGGCUUCAGACUGACUCUGGGCCCCAGGUUUGGGUGAGCCUCAGCUGUGGCUCUCAGGCCAACUGAGCCUCUAGGGCUUUCUUGCCUUCAUCAUGAUCCUUUCACAGAAACACUGGGCCAAGCAGUGGGAGAGAACAGAGAGCCAGCGUUUCUGCCUAACCCCACCCAGAGCAUCUGCUUACAGAUGAAAAACUGGCACGAUGACAGAGAAGGUGAGGGACAGAGACAGCAGAGCAGAAAAUUGUGGGCGAGUGGCAUCACGCCUUUCCUUCAGCUCAUGCAUGGCAACUUGCCUGGGACAGAAACUGCCAUGCCCUUCACAAGGGAGUGCAAGGACUCUGAGGGAUUCAGAGGGAGAAAGGUACUGGCGUUUGGCUUGUCCAUGACUUUGGAGAUUGACCCAGCAUAGUGCCUGGCAUAUGAGAUGCCAUGCCAUGCUUAGUCACUUAGUCGUGUCUGACUUUUUGCAACUCACUGUAGCCCACCAGGCUCCUCUCUCCAUGGGAUUUUCCAGGCAAGAAUACUGGAGUGGGUUGUCAUUUUCUUCUCCAGGGGAUCUUCCCAACCCAGGGGUCAAACCUGCGUCUCCUAUGUCUCCUGCAUUGCAGAUGGAUUCUUUACCCGCUGAGUCAUCACCAUCAAUAAAUGUUGGUAGAGCUCUGUUGAGGCUUUUUGGGGGACCACGUUUUUAAAGGAGGAGUGGUUUCUAAAUGUGACUCUAUUCGGGGAGCAGAGCUGGUUGAAAAGGUAUCUUCUGAGAGCAGGGGUCAGCUCUGCUGGGAACUGGGGCUUGGAGAGCAGGUGCAAGGCCUGAAUGUGCUGAUGCUCAUAGCUUCCGAGGGAUCUUGGGCAGUAUGGUGGUGGGAGGGUUUCAGGUGCUGGAGCAGGGAGCUGCAGGUUGGGAAAAGGACAGGUAGAGCCAGAUAUAGCUGGGACUUGGGCAAGUGAAGAACACAAAGGGCAAUCAGUCAGCAAUAAAUGUCCUUACUGAGCA